CGUUGGAUACCUGAUUCUCACGCGGGAAGGCAUAACAGAUUUAGCCAUGUCCUACGGAAACAGCAGCAGUAAUGGUGCUUCGGGCAGCAACGUCAGUCAGGGUGAAAUCGUGGAUUCAGCAAGGCGAUUGCUGGAUUUAAUUACGUCCGCUGAAAGACAACGAGAACCGAGGCAGGUCGAUGACAAUGGGCGUUCAGCCCCAAAGCCCGCCUCGCUUCAGAUGGAAAUGACCAGGUCUUUUCCAGGGAUGUUCACCAAGGCCAGAGGAAAGAGGCGCUUUCCCACCCCAACACUUGUCCCAGCCAAGAAGUUGAAGCCAUUAGAGGUGGCUUUUUAUUUGCUUCCAAAGCAGUGUGAGAAGACCCCGAAGGAGGGGGACCAAAUCCUCCAUCUCCAAGCAGGGUUAGGCCGCAGGACUGCUCACCUGGAUGAAGCUUCAACACAUGAAGAGUUAUGUGAGGCCCUAAACAUUCUUUUUCCCAAACUGAGGAAUGUUUCCGGUGGGUGGCUGGUUUAUAAAGCUUCAGCUGGAUGGGGUUGCCGAAAAAUCACGCUUGUGCCUCCUGAAGAUAGUGGCUAUUCAGGCAGGAUCCUGAAGUUUGCAAGUCGUGGGGCCAAAAAUCUCUUCAUAGCCCCAAUUCAGAAAGAACUGAGCACAAGUCCCCUACAGUUGGAUGACAGGAACAUGCCGAAAGCAGACUGUCAGAAGUGUGGACUACCAGUUCCGCUUCCACUCCUGACAGAACACCUCAAAAGAUGUGAUGUCAUUGAUGAUAUAGUCAUUGAAGAGAGGGAAACAGAUAUGCAGGAAUGUCCUGUGUGCACACAAAUCUUCCCAACAGAUUUUAUUGAGGCACACGCUUCGGCCUGCGGGGAGAGUGCUAGUGCAGGGAAUGAGAUGCAUGCAAGUACGAUCAGUGAGGAAGAAGCAGCAAUACCUGGAACAUCCGGAGGAGAUAGAGAUAGAGAUGGAGGUGGGGAUGCUUAG